UAGCCAACGCUUGGUGUUGACAUAUCAACGGAAGCUUUGCUAUGCACCAUCAUGUCACCUGUUGGUGACUAUUUCAGCUCAAAGAAAAAAGGAAGCCGAUUGUUUGCAGAUCCGAGUUACGUACGAACUUGGGAAGGCGGCAGCGGACAAUUCAAACUAGCCGCGAACUAUGGGCCCACACUAGCUUUGCAAAAGCUUCUCAGAGAACGAGGAUAUGAUACUAGCCUCUGGUUAUACGGCCCAGACGAACUAAUUACGGAAGCUGGGACCAUGAAUAUUUUUGUGUUUUGGACUAAUGAACAAGGUGAAAAAGAGCUCCGGACACCUCCUCUGAGUGGACUCAUCCUACCAGGGGUGACCCGACAAAGUGUUCUUGAAAUUACCCGCUCUUGGAAUGAAUUCAAAGUGGUUGAGAAGGACAUAACAAUGUCAAUGUUGCUGAAUGCACUGAAGGAAAACCGUCUUCAUCAUAUGUUUGGUAGCGGCACUGCUUGUGUCGUGUCCCCGGUGAUGGAAUUGUACUACAAAAAUAAUCGGUAUUCCAUUCCAUUCACGGAGGACCCCUCCAGCAUACCGGAGCGGAUCCUCAAAGAAUAUACAGACAUUCAGAGGGCUGUGAACGGACCACAUCCCUGGGCGCACCCUAUUGACAAACCUCGGUGAUUUGGACCCAGUUACUACAUAUCGUUAGUAAUUGUUGCACCUAUGUAUCUACGGAUCUCUCUGGUUCACACAUCCAAGCACGUUCCUUGCAAACCUAGUCAAAUAUCUCUCAGAGUUAUUUUUCCCUGGUUCGUAAAUGAUCAGUUUGUUGAUAUUGUGAUUACGUUCAUAUCUGCACAUUGUGUUGCAAAUUCCGGAAGCUGCAUCGAAAUUCCAUUAUCUUACUUUCUAUGAGAAAUUUCCACAUUUAUUCAAACCAGCUCGUGUUUUGCUUUAUGUAAUUCUUUUGUUUCUGUUGUUGUUGUACUGAUAGCUUACUAACAACAAGACGUCCUGGUUAAAGCUUCAAAAGCGUUUUCAUCGAUUGUCA